AUGGUUCGACUUACAGGGCUAUUUAGUAUCUACCUGUUCACCCAGGUCGGCCUCGCAACGAACCUCGUCCUGGCUCCGGACUGGCCCUUUGAUAUCACGACUCUUAGCGCGCCAGACGAGUCGAUCACAGCGAAGUUUGUAUCAUUCGGCGCUACGCUUACGGAGCUCUGGGUCAAGGCCAGGGAUGGGAAGGCGAGGGACAUUGUUCUCGGAUACGACAAUAACACGGAACUGUUGACUGACCCAGCGCAUCCAGUAUUCAAUCCGAUCGUUGGUCGAUACGCAAACCGCAUCAAGAAUGGAACGUUCUCCAUCCCUAUAACGAAGUAUCCUCAGCCUGAUGGACCGAACGUGUACCACAUCCCGACCAACGACCAUGAUGGUCAAGAUACGCUUCAUGGCGGCAUCUACGGCUGGGACAGACGGAACUGGACCAUUGUCGAGCGGAACUCCACGAGCGUGACUUACUAUCACCUCGACCGUGCAGACGAAGGCUUCCCCGGCUACGUCGAGGCACACGUGACGCACACAGUCGAGAACGGGGGAACGCUCAAGACAUCUAUUCACGCGAGUGCAACGGAGAAGACCCCUAUCAUGCUCACGCAACAUAUCUACUGGAACCUCGACGCGUUUCAGGGCAGUGACAACAUCCUCAAUCACAAGCUUCAUGUCGACGCGUCGAAGGUCGUAGCAGUCGACGGUGAUGCUAUCCCUACCGGUGAAUUCAUCAACGUUGAUGGCACACCAUACGACUUCCGCGAGACGCAGGCAAUUGGGGCGAGGUGGAACGAUACAGUCGGCCUGUGUGGCGGCGGUUGUCAAGGAUAUGACAAUUGCUGGAUCUAUGACAAUGAUGAAGAGCAGAACGCGGGCGUGUCCCUCUGGAGCGAUCUCUCUGGUAUCAGGCUUGACGUGACAACAAGUAACCCUGCCGUCCAGGUCUACACCGGCUAUUGGCUCGACACGCCACGCAAACUUGUCCACGGAGGCCCAGAUCUCAACUACACCAAGUGGUCUGCUGUCGCCAUUGAGCAGGAGGGCUACAUCGACGCAAUCAAUACUCCCGAAUGGGGUGUCGACCAGAUAUACUAUCCCGGAAAGGACUACACUUGGGAAUCGGUGUACCGGUUUUCCAGGCUUCCAUGA